AUGGAUUGUCCUACUGUACCAACAGUUGACAAUACAGACUACACAAACAAUUUGUUCCUGUCCUUCCUAACAACUGGUCUCAGACACAACACCAGUCUAAAGCAGUUGAGUGUACCCAUUCCACUAAUUGAAAAAAUAACAACUUUUGUUAAUGUCAUCUCUCAAAAGAACAAUCUCACAGAACUAAAAGUGAACUUUACACUAGAUCAUCUGUGCAGUUUGGAGAAACUAACUUUGAUGCUUUUUGAUCAGGGGCUACCUGCUGUUACUACAAUUUUAAGAUCACAUGCAACCAUCAAACAACUUAAAAUAGCAUGCAUGUAUGAUAUUAAUUUUCAUUCAUUUGAAACUGAUAAGUGGAUAGAAAAAAUACAUAAUUUUUAUUUAGCUAUCUUCAUUCAUCCUUCACUUGAAUAUGUUGAAAUUCAAAAUACUCCACUGGUGCAAUCUUUUACUUUUCUCAAGGAAAUGAUGAUUGGUAUUCGCAGAGAAGCACAACCAAAAACACAAUUAUUAAUAGUUUCUACUUCUGUUCUUUCUAUUUCUUCUCUUCUUUUCUUUGAUGAUUAUGGCAAAUCUUCUGAUAGAACCAUUAAUGAUGUAAGAAAGGAGAAAGAAGAUUCCUUUGAUAUUCAUGGUGAAAAAAACAAAAAGGAUUACUAUGAAGAAUCAAGCCAGGGAAAUAUGGAUGCAUAUACAAGAAUCCUUCACAUUAAUGAUUGGAAUGAAAUAGUUAUAACAUUAAAGGACAAGAAUUUUCCAAACGACAAAUGGUAUGAUUUUGGAUUACAUUUAAAAGUAACCUAUAAUCAGUUGGAAGUUAUUAAAAGAGAUAAUAGAGAAUGUACUGAUUGUCUUUAUAAGUGCAUUGCAGAAUGGUUGAAAACUGGUAAAGCAACAUACAGAAAACUAAUUGAUGCUGUUAGGGGUAUUAAGGAAGAUGCUGUAGCUGAUAAUAUAGAAAAACAUGUUAAGUAAUCAAAAUUGUUAUUGGUUUCUGCUGUUUUAAAUAUAAACUACUAACAUUUUUGAUGAUGAAAAUUUAUUUUAAUUUAGGAUUAUUUAAAUUUUGAUUAAACUCCUGCAUAAUUGUCUUUUUGCAAACAAUGCACAUACUGGUAGCUCAUAAUGCAAAAAAUACAUAACGUACGCAUAACUUAUAAGGUGAUGACACAUUGGUAAAUAAUGGGGGCAGAAUGACUCAUUACCUCCCUAUUUCCAUUACUACAAUUUGAAGCAUUUGCUUUAAGUUACAAGUGAUUAAGUAAAGCCUCUAACAAUAUUAAAUUUGGACAUGACAACACUUAUUGAAUUGCGGCAACCAAUGAACAAAUGAUGUAUUGACAAUGCAGAGUUUUAACUACAGUUCACAUUUUAAUUAGUCAAAUGCUGUCAUACAUACAUUCAUGUCCAUCUCUAAAACUAUACUAGUGUACCUCACAUGCUGUCUUCUUAUAGUUCUGUAACUUCUGUUGCUAAUAGAUUGAUUAUACUGUAGAACUCUUGUUUUAGAGCAGUGACAACACGUGAUUACACGUGGGUGGCCCAUGCUAAACACGUGUGCUCACGUGGGUGUGGGUAAGCUACCACACCCAGCUAAGGCAAUGCUGUCCUCUCUUGUACUUUACAAAAA